AGGCAGUGAAGGCACAGACAGUUGCGUCCAAAUAGCGGUUAUACUGUAAACAGAUUUGCAUUCAUUUGCUGUUUGUCUCCCUUUUGAACCACAUUUGAGUGUAAAGUGAAUUGACUUUGAAUUUGUGUUAAUUGUAACCAAAAAGGCAUUCAUUGAUCGCAAAAAUGUCAGUCAAAGCGGUGGUCGUACUGAAGGGUGACUCCAAUGUGACGGGAACUAUACGUUUCGAGCAGAAGGGCUCGUCGGUGUCGGUGACGGGAAGUGUGAGUGGACUGACUCCAGGACAGCACGGAUUUCAUGUGCAUGAAUUUGGUGAUAAUACCAAUGGCUGUACGAGCGCUGGACCCCAUUAUAACCCUCACGGCAAAGAACACGGCGCCCCCACCGAUGCCAACAGACAUGUCGGCGAUUUGGGUAACGUUACCGCCGAUGCCAACGGCGUGGCUAACGUGAACAUCGAGGACAAACAGUUGGCCCUCACCGGCAAU